UUCACUCCUGAAGAAGAGGCGUCCAUUAACGUCGAUGCACUAGUGAACGAGGCCGACUUUGACACUCAACCAGACGGCCCACCCCUAGCCAGCCGUGCCAUCGAACAGACCCGACGUGCUACACCAACCAUUCCUCCUGGGUUCUCCGUACCGGCCACACCUAAACUACCACAGGACCAAGCCCGACCACUGUCUCAAAAUGCUCCGUCAAGCGUGACUCCUGCCCUUCCAGUCAUUCCCGUAACUCCCAUUCGAGCAAUUACGCCUGUGAAAUCUAAGAAAGACAAGCAUCCCACUGUUGCAUCCGAAUUCCAUAGCUCGAGCUUUGCAGAGCCCGUAGUGGUCACUCCAAAUACAAAACUGGAAGCUCCGCCAAAAUUAGGUCGGAAAGCUAGCUCUGCAAGAACGCAGUCGAUCUCUGAAGGCAAAAGGAAGAAAGGAGUUGAGGUGGCAUCUUCUCCACAGAGACCAGUCCAAGUAGCUAGUGCCGAGAGGGGCGAGAAUAAAUCAUCCGAAAUGGUGACACCCAAGGGCAGGGCUACAGGCUCUAAAGCUCUAGAAUUUAUAUCCUUGGAGAUGAGCCCACAGAAGGACGCCAAGAAUAAUUUCUCAGCUUCACCACCAUUAGCGACGUCUUCAAAGCGACAGCAUCCAGGGAAAUUGGACAUUGCUGCAGCCACAAAAUUGCCGGAUAGCGAGCAGUCCUCUGCUCCAAGCACGCUAAAAUCGGGGACGCAGCCCAAGAAUGUUCGUACUUUUUCCCUCGCGUCUACUGGUUCUGUACCUCCGAGCCCAGCAGCAACUUCUACUGGAUCCCCGGUCAAACGCUCAACAGCACCAAGGACACUCCGAGUGGUACCGACCCCCAAAACUGAAGUACCGCCCCCUUGGUCUGCCACGUCAGCUACAUCUCUCCCGCAUGUACCAACCGUAGAGAAGCUUCGGUCUAGGCAGGCUAGUAUUGCAUCCUUGAACCAGCCAGGUACUCCGGCAAGUGAAUUGAUUUCAGACAAUGCUUCCAUCACUUCAACAUCAGCAUCUCGUGCCAGCUCUCCCCCUCCUAUUGGUGGUAAGGUUGGCACGGCACCAGUGAGGAAGAAGACUAAGUCACAGGCUAAGAAGGAACGACAAGAAAGGGCACGACUAAUAACAGAGGAGCAACUCGCUAUCGAGGACCAUGGAAAGUCGGACCCAGAGCCAGUCCAUGCCCCUAUUGUAGGACGUAAGAAGAAAGCGAAGAAACCUGGAGCAAGCAUCCCUAAACCGACUCCUGUUUCUGUCAGAAGUCAACCAGCUUCUCCCAAACCCGCGAAGGUCGAGGAUAAUGAAGAGGAGUCGAAUGCAGUGCCACCUGCUCCGGCCAAGAGUCAUACAAGACAGGCCUCUGUAUCUUCUCCUCGUAAUCAAUCUUCUCCUGCGCCUGAGGUCGGAAGCGCUUCAGAACACUCAAGGGAGAAACUCCAGCCGACUGCACAGUCUAUUAUUGCAGAUUUGCAGAGAACUGGUGAAUUAUUAGCUUCGACUCUUGAGUUCUUCAAGCCACUGUCGUCUUCACUAGCCCACGCUGCACGCACUGCACAAUCCAGCAAUUUAACUGCUGCUCCGGAUUUGAAGAUUCAUUUUUCCCAGACAGAUCUUGAUAACCUUGCAAAGAAGAAACCAGUCCGUCUUGGUGGCCAAGACGGUAGAUCAGAUUCAAGAACCUUGAUUACCCCUGAAGGCAAAUUCUUCUGGGGGUUGACCCAAGAGCUCGAAGAGAAGGCCUUGGAAUUGGAGAGACAUAUUGCAGAGUACAAGGGUGCUGCACGCUUCCAUCCUCGCAAGCAAACGACACAUUCGCAUGGUCACGCCGUUACUACGCAUGCGCAAUCAAAGGAUGUCUUGCCUGCAAUUGCUACUGCGCUGAAAGAAGCCGGUGCUAAGCUCAGCAAGACUGCAGCCGCCUGUUCAUCGUCGUCGAGCCAACCAAUGUCAAAAUUAGACCCAACAUCUACGUUGCUAGGAUCGACAUCUCUACCCUUACCCCCGACCCAAGCACCCAGCGACCCGUCUGCUGGCCCCCAGACACCUGCCGAUGCCAUUGCUUACCUCAAUCAAUUCGUCCUCCCCAAGACAGAUAAUCCACCACCCAGCACGCCGCGCACCGAAAUGGCUGCAGUUGGUGGCCCCCCCGGAGCCGGUGUUGGGAACAUGUCUGUGAAUGUCAACAAAAUCGCCAAAGCUGCGAAGGCUGUGGCAGAAGGUGGAGCCUUGGGCGGCGAGCUCGAAGGCAUGGGUGUUAUGGCCGCUGAUCUCCUCGGCGGUGUUGUAGUCCAAGGCCUGGAAGCGCUAGUCGGCGCGGGACUUGGCUUUCAUAGCAAUCAGGACCUCAGCGUUGACAGCCAAGGAAAUAUCACCCUAGGGGGAAGCGGGCUGGAUGUUCAGGGCCUGGUCAAUGCUAUUGAGACGGGAGGUGGGCUUGGUGGCUUUGGGGCUGGAAUGCCGUCAAGCAGGAGGGGCAGGAGGAGUGUGCUGAGUAUUGAUGAGGCGGAACAAGCAAUGUUGGCGGCGAAGAAGGACCAUGAAGCGCUCGAUAAGAAGCUAGCAGUGCUGAUGAAGAGGAACAAGAAGUUGGUGAGUGGGACUGGUAAGGCUUGA